UAACCACGUUCCACUCAGUUUCAAUUAAAAAAAUGAUACGCUCGGUGCUAAACGCAGUUAAGAGAAAUCUAAAACCAAUUAGGAGUAAAACUGUUACAACAUCUAGCAAUCUUCCAUUGCAAGUUGAUGCUGUAGUAAUUGGUGGUGGCGUAAUCGGUUGUAGUAUUUUAUACCAACUAUCGAAGCGUGGUGUUCGCGUAUUACUUGUCGAACGUGGUAAAUUAACGUGUGGAACAACAUUUCACACAGCCGGACUAGUAUGGAGUUUAAGACACAGUCAAUUCGAAAUUGAAAUGUUAAAGAGAACGAAACGAGUUUUCAGCGAAUUGGGUGCAGAUAAUUGCGGUUGGAUAAACAAUGGAUCGCUUUUCAUUGCACACUCUAAGGAAGAGUUAAGAGAAUUUGCAGUAUUGAGCGAACUCGGUAAAUCAUUGGGAGUAAAUAGUUUCAUUUUGAGUGAAAGUGAAGCUAGAGAGUUGUUUCCACUGUUGGAGUCGAAGAAUUUUAUUGGAGCACUUUAUUCGCCAGAUGAUGGUGUUGUCGAUCCAUAUCUACUUUGCAGUGCCCUGAUCAAAGCUUCAAGACGUUUGAACGGGACGGUGCUUGAGAAUUGUAGCGUAAAGGAAAUCUUAUUUGACCAAAAUGAACAGGGACGAAAAGUUAGAGGUGUAUUAACUGACAUAGGAAGUGUUGAAGCGGAUUGUGUUAUCAAUGCUAGAGGACUUUGGUCGAAUCAGUCCAUAAUGGGUAAAGACACACCAUUACCAUUUAUAACAAUGAAACACUCGUACGUCGUCACAGACACUAUACAAAAUCUAAACAAAUGGCCAAACAUACGUGAUCACGACUUAUCAAUUUACUUUCGAGUUCAAGGUCAGUCUCUUAUCAUCGGCGGCUAUGAAUCAAAUCCAACAGUCGUCAACAAUGUUCCGAACGAUUUCCAAUUUAGUUUGUAUGAAAUGGAUUGGACAACGUUUGAACCAUUGAUGCAAAAUGCAAUAAAACUCUGUCCGACCCUUGAAAGUGUUGGUAUUAAGUCGUCAAUAUGUGGACCAGAAGCGUUUUCCAUUGAUCGUAAACCAAUUGUGGGCCCGGACUACCAUAUAAAUGGUUUGUUUCACGCAUGCGCUUUUAGUUCGAAUGGAAUGAUGUUAAGUGGUGGCGUUGCUGAACGAGUAGCUCAUUGGGUGGUCAACGGUAUGUCGAGUGUGGAUGUGGGACUGUACGAUUUGAAAAGAUUCGACAGCGAGAAGGCAAUGGACAAGGCCUGGAUACAACAAAAAUGUGUGGAGAAUUAUUCUAAUAAAUCUAGAAGUAAGCAAACUAUACUUAAAAUGUAGUCAAAAACAAACAACAAGAUGAGUCGUAUCUGGUACUUCUUUUGUUCGCCUAAUAGUUGUCACAAAAUCUUUUACUUCAUUCGUUAAAAAGAAUAAUUGG